UUAAGACUGUGAAAACUACAUACUCUCAAGGCCUAAUUAGAAUUUAUUACAUGAGUUGGAGUUCAUUUAACAACUGGUGAUAUAGUUACAUGGACAUGACAAUUACAAUAUGAACUCUAGGUUAGCUGAAUUGAUUUAUGAGCCAUAAAUGACAGAGACUAGCAUUACAAUGAUGUCGUUUAAACAAUCCUUCAGUGAUGUCAUUUAAAUUCUACAACCACUAGUGCGUCGUGUUGGUAUUAUGAACUAUAUAUUCUACACGUGCACAUUCUCAUUAUCGCAAUAUGUUCAGACAAUGAAUAAGCAAUUUAAUUAUUAAAAUUACAUUCCUAAACUAUUAUGUUUGCUAAUAGGGUAUGCUCAGUGACACAUGUUGGAUAUGAAAUCAAGUCAGUUUAACUCAGCAAAAAGUUACUCAGAAACAAUGUAGAAAUAUGAUACAUUCUUAUCAGGAAACUAAACCAAAGUACAGAACAGAAAUAUAUAUUUUUUGGGAGAUAAUGACCUGACUAAGUCAUUUUAAUGAAUUAGGCACUUGAGACACUUAGCAAGUAGCUACUAUCUUACACUUAAAUGCAAUAAAGUAUGACGUUUGGAUUCUAGAAAACACCCCAUUCUUGGCAAACAGUAUCUAGGACUACUUAUUUAGAAAAACACAGAAACUGAUCGUUGACAGAGAAAGCUAAGUCACGAUGACACUGGCCUCGUUCUCAGUUAUGCUAAUGGUAGCAUUACCAAUUGUGAUGUCAUAUCCUGGUGGACCACCAGAGGGAUCUUGUGUAGACAUGUUUCCAUCAGGACAUGCUGCGAUUGCUCAGAAAGGAGCAGCUCCAUUUCUGUUGGAGAUCAAUGAAGGAGGGUACUAUACACCAGGAAAACCAGUAAAAGUGACAAUGCGAAACACAUCAGAAAUAUGGUUUGAAGGGGUUUUCCUUCAAGCCAGGAGGGCAAGUCCAUCUUUGAACCAAAACCAAGCUCUAGGGAACUUUACAGUGACAGACAAUGAGCUGAAAACAAUGAGGUGUAUAAAACGAGAGAGUGCCGUUACACAAUCAAAUAAAGUUCACAAGUUUCAAAAACAAGUUCAAUGGAACCCACCAGAGGGCUUAAAAGAUCACAUAUUUUUCAGGGCAACAUUUGUCCAAGAAACAAAAAUAUUCUGGGUGGAUGUUCGUAGUAUUGAUCUAGAAUACCGUUCACCACAAGUACAAAACAAGAACAACAAUAACAAAUCAACAGCAACUAUGCCUACGAUGCAAACUUUUUCUACACUCUUAAUCAUGUUUUCUAAGUUGCUGAUAUAAUUCUGGCCUGAUGUGAAUCAUAUAAUAUGAAGCCACAAUAAAUGUAGGGUGAAAAGAUAUUCAGCUGAGAUGCGUCCAGUAGAAUUAUGAAUUCAGGCUCCAAUAUUCAUUCUCCCAAUGCCUGGAUUGUAAUACAGAUGAAGAUUAUUGAGUGUUUAAUUAUGAUCAUGACUCACUUUCUGUUAUGAUAAACCACACAGUGUACUACUUUUGUGACAUACAUGUGCAACAAUAAACAAGAAAUAAGGGAGCACAUAAAAAGUUCAAUGUAGCACAAAAAGCUAUAUAUUAUCAGUUAAGUCCUAGACCCCCCUCGAUCCCCCUCUGGAUCA